AUGUCCUGGCACUACAAGCUCGCCGCCAGUAUGCGGGCCUCUCCGCGGGGGAUGACCCGGCCGAAUGGCGGCCUCCUACUUCGCCCGAUCGCUCGCGGUGCGGGGGGGUUCUCCGCUGCGUCAGCGCUCCAGAUGUCUCAAACAACCGUUGCCUACGCCAAGCGGACCUUCGCCACGACACAGGCCAAAUGCCUCAGUGUCGACAACAUCAACCCUCACAUCCGAGGCGCCAAGUACGCUGUCCGUGGUGAGCUGGCCGUCAAGGCCGAGGAGUACCGCCAACGUCUCGCCGAUGGAGACAAGUCAUUGCCCUUUGACAGCGUCAUCUUUGCCAACAUCGGUAACCCGCAACAACUGGACCAGAAGCCCAUCACCUUCUUCCGUCAGGUUUUGAGUCUGGUGGAGAACCCGCUCCUUCUUGAAAACCAGGAGGCGCUGAAGAACUCGUUUGGAUACAAGCAGGAUGUGAUUGAGCGUGCUCAGACGCUGUUGGCCAACGUCCAAAGUGUCGGCGCCUACAGCCACAGUCAGGGUGCCCCCGGCAUCCGCAAGAGUGUUGCCAAGUUCAUUGAGGAGCGUGACGGCUUCGCCGCCAACCCUCAGGAUCUCUUCUUGACUGCUGGUGCCUCUUCAGGUGUGAGCACCCUGCUCAACGUCAUUUGCAAUGACUCCAAUGCCGGUGUGCUGGUGCCCAUCCCUCAGUACCCUCUCUACACUGCUACCUUGGCGCUUCUCAAUGCCAAGUGCGUCCCAUAUCUCCUGGAGGAGGAGAAGGCGUGGGGUACCAACGUCACGGCCAUCACCCAGUCCGUCAAGGAGGCCAAGGCGGCUGGCACCAAUGUCCGCGCCGUGGUGGUGAUCAACCCUGGUAACCCGACUGGUGCCUCGUUGACUCCCGAUGACAUUAAGAAGGUCAUCGAUGUCGCUGCCGAGGAACAGCUGGUCAUCAUGGCCGAUGAGGUUUAUCAGACCAAUGUUUUUGAGGGCGAGUUUGUCUCGUUCAAGAAGCGUCUGCGUCAGCUUCAGAAGGAACACCCUGGCAAGUAUGACGCCGUCGAGCUGGUCUCCUUCCACAGUACCUCCAAGGGGAUGGUGGGUGAGUGUGGUCACCGUGGCGGUUACUUUGAGCUGGUUGGCUUUGACCCCCAGGUCCAGGAGCAAAUCUACAAGCUCGUCAGCAUUGGCUUGUGCCCGCCAGUCGUGGCUCAAUGCUUACUCGAGACCAUGGUCAACCCUCCUCGACCGGGCGAGCCCAGCUACGAGCUGUACGAGAAGGAGUACAGCGGUAUUCAGAACGGACUCCACCAGCGUGCACUUGCCCUUUAUGAUGCUUUCCAGCGUAUGGAAGGUGUUGAGUGCCAGAAGCCACAGGGUGCCAUGUAUCUCUUCCCCAAGAUCAAUCUCCCCGCCAAGGCCAUCGAGGCCGCUGAGGCCGAGGGUCGUGCUGCCGACGAGUUCUAUUGUCUGAAGAUGCUGGAGGCCACUGGUGUCUGUGCCGUCCCCGGCUCAGGGUUCGGUCAGAAGGAGGGAACCUACCACUUCCGCACCACUUUCCUGGCCCCUGGCACCGACUGGGUCGAGCGCAUCGUCAAGUUCCACACUGAGUUCCUCAACCAAUACCGCUGA